GGAAUAUGUAGUUACAGUGUUCUAGAUAUGAUCAACUACGGAAGUUUCGGAGAUAUUUUCAAGAUCAGCAAGAAACAAGACGAGAAGAUAUAUGCAAUGAAGCAGAUGAAAUACCGCGGAGACUUUCGAGAUGACGCCUAUAUCAUGAGUGAACUGUAUUGUCUAUCCCGCCUUAAGCAUAGGAACAUCAUUUCCCUUCACGAUAUUGUGAUUGAUGUCAUUGAAAUUCAUAUCAUAAUGGAGUAUGCCGCAAACGAAAACCUUCAGCGCUACUUGUUUUCCCACAAAAACAUGUCACAUGGACAAAAGUAUGACAUAUUUGCCCAAGUACUUCAUGGUGUUAUGUAUUGCCAUUCCAUGGAGAUUGCACACCGCGAUCUCACUCCAGUGAACAUUCUUCUAACAGACGAUGUAAUGGUCAAGAUUGCCGACUUCGGUCUCGCCGUAAAGUGUAUUUCAGACGCCGGAUCGCUGUUGCUGUGUACAGAUUAUAUCGGUACAGCGUCUUAUCUUCCGCCACAAGUCCUGUCACAACAGCCAUUCCUGCCUAAACCAGUGGACGUAUGGAGCCUUGGCAUUCUCCUUAUCUUCAUCAUCUGUCUCGAGGUUCCAUACAAAGGAUUCCAAGAUGACAUUCUUGCUCAACAAAGAAAGGAAUCGUGGGUAGACUUUAUUGAAAUAAAAUCGCACGCGCUUGAUUGCAUAGUUCCCAAAGAAAUCUUGUGUUUGCUUAGAGAGUGCCUCAGACUUGACGCGACAGAGAGAACAAGAAUUGAGGAGAUCGUUUGCAAAUGGGACAAAUUCAAGGCAACUGCGUUAUAAAAAUUGUGUGCAUUGCUUCAUAAUAAUGCAACAAUUUCGCCUUUAAUAGAUUGUGGUAUACAUAUUUAUAGCAAAUAAAGUAUUACUAGGCGACUCGUAUGUUUACUACAUUCACAACGAUGUUCUAUUAUUUGGUUACACAAUUGCGUAUUGGUUGGCCUAAGUUUCACUUUUGUUGACAGAGGGUUUUGAUGCAAAUGACAUUGAGUGAUAUGUUUUUUAAUUCAUAGCGUAUAGGGGUCUUAGACAAAAUAAAAAAGACAUGCUAUUGAAGAAAUAGUUUUUAUUAAUAUAAAACAUCUACUGUGUUUAAUCUACCAUGCCAUUUGCUUUCAUUGUCGGCGAGUAAGCCCGUUAAUAUCAACUAUCAGAACAUCUAU